CUCCCUCCUAAUUGGCCGGCCCACAGCCGGGGACGCGGCCGCCCCAAGGGCGCCGCAGCGGCCGCUCUAGCCGCCGUGGCGCGCUCUCGGCUCGCUGCUUCACUCGCCACCUUCCAGCGCGGUUGGCGACGAAAUGUGGCGCCUAAAGCGACUGCUGGGCCGAGCUUUUCCCUGCCUGCUGAGACCCGGCUUCCGGUGUGUGACCCCCAAGUACCCUGGCCCAGAUGGGCCUCAGGCUGCAUCUUCUACCGUCCUGGUCCCUGUGCCCAGCUGUAACAAGUCUGGACCAGGCUCAGGUAGUAAAGGCCCAAGAUUCCAUGGAUGGAAGGAUGCUUUCCAAAGGAAGUCUGCCGGCAUCUCCUCCAACACUCUGUGGGAUGCUGUCUCUUGGGGCACCCUGGCCGUGCUGGCCCUGCAGCUGGCGAGGCAGCUCCACUUCCGGGCAUCUCUGUCAGAGGGACGUCAGCGAACCGAGCGUUGCUCUUGGCGCAGCCCCCUGGACCGCCUCCUCUCGUCUCCCUUGUGGCCUGUGUACUCCUCCCUGCGGAAUCACAUUCUUCCUGGCCCCGAUGGAUCUGCACCCCAACACCCUGUCCGGAGGGACGCUGGACUGAGUGGGGGUGAGCCACCCACCCGCUCCCAGAGCCCCUCUUCACGCAGCUCCUUGCAUGCAGCAGUGUGCCAGGAGCCCUCGGAGGAAGCCAUUUUCCUAUCAGCAGGCCUCGGUGACACCCACUUCUUGAAUACCAACAGCAACUCUGAGUGCCAGGUAGAACCAGACGAGCUUCUGCCCAGUGGCGAAAAGCAGGAGCAAGACGGAUCCGUCUCCCUUUCCCUGGAGGAGGCUGUGAUUUCCAUUCAGCGGCUCUUCCAGCUCAGCGUUUCCAUCAUGUUCAACUUCCUGGGGACAGAGAGCAUGAAGAGAGGGGACGCGGCAGUGGCCUUCUCUUACUUCCAGAAAGCAGCAGACCGGGGCUACAGCAAAGCCCAGUACAAUGUGGGCCUGUGUCACGAGCACGGCAGAGGGACCCCCCGGGACCUCGGCAAGGCGGUCCUGUUUUACCGACUGGCUGCCAACCAGGGCCACAGGCUGGCGCAGUACCGCUGUGCCCGGUGCCUGCUGCAGGAGGCCUCGCUGCAGGACCCUGAGUGCCAGGGUGCCCUGUCCCUGCUCCAGCAGGCGGCCGACUCAGGCUUGACGGAGGCCCAAGCUUUCCUCGGGGUGCUGUUCACCAAGGAGCCACACCUGGAUGCGCGGAGAGCCGUGGACUACCUGUGGCUUGCAGCGAGCAAUGGGGACGCCCAGAGCAGGUACCACUUGGGGAUUUGCUAUGAGAAGGGCCUUGGCGUGCCACGGAGCCUGGGAGAAGCCAUUCGCACGUACCAGCAGGCAGCUGCCCUGGGACACGAGCCCGCCCAGAAGAGGCUGAGGACACUCUUUUCCACGGAGGCAGCAGCUCCCGGGGCCAGUGGGCCGAUGGUCACGGGACCCAAGUCGUUUUCCAGCCCGUCACUCUGCAGCCUAAGCAGCCUGCUGGCCGGGGCUGCCCGCCUCCCGCACGCCGCCAGCACUGGGAACCUGGGACUCCCGUGUAGAAGUGGACCUCUGGGCUCCAGCCCCUGUGGGCCCAGCCGAGCGCUGCCCACCCACCCCUGCUCCUUGGAAAGUGCCCUCGUCAGGCUGGGUUUUGGCUAAGACCUUCUCACUUCAGCCCUAAAGAGUGAGUCUGUGGGUCAGCGUAGAAGAGGCCAGUGACCCACCCACCAUCCCCAAACACCCGAAGCACCUGCCCAGCACAGUCGGGAAGAGGCCAGCGUGCCAGGCCCCGGGGCCUGGAACAGUGACGAGACUCCUGGCCUUGAUCCCCUGUUGCAGACCCACAUCCUGCGGGCAGCAGAGGGGGUGCUGAAAGAACCUCGGCGCUUCCGUGGCCCCCGGAGACGGAGUGAUACCCCCAGUUCUGGGGCCUUCUGAGUGACCAGGCCAGGAGGAGCUUCUAGACUCCUGCUCUCCUGCCCCGGUUCAUGCUGUCACUUGCCCCCAGAAAGGGUGAUUAUGGUCCUGCAGAGGACUGGGAGUGGGCGGAGGGAAGCAGUGGGUUUCUGGGAGCAGGAGAGGAGGUGCUGUGAUCCUCGCCGUGCAGGGUGUGCCAGGAACGCAUGCGAGUUGAAUAAAACUCUAUUGGAUUAGCUCA